AUGGAAGCCGUUGAUGUGGUCAUUGUAGGUGCAGGACCUGCUGGGCUAGCAACAUCUGCAUGCCUCAACCGUCUCUCCAUCCCUAACAUUGUCCUUGAAAGAGAGGAUUGUUAUGCCUCUCUGUGGCAAAAGAGGGCUUAUGACCGUCUAAAGUUGCACCUCGCGAAGGAAUACUGUGAACUUCCCUUCAUGCCUUUCCCAUCUGAUGCACCCACAUUUGUCCCAAGGAGGGGUUUCAUUGAUUACUUGCACAGCUAUGUGUCUCAUUUUAGGAUUAAUCCGCGAUGCAAUACGGCUGUUGAGUCUGCCUAUCAUGAUGAAGAAAGUGGAAAGUGGCAUAUCAAGGCUAAGAAAGCAGAUCUAAACGUGCAUGAAGAAUACGUCGCAAAGUUUCUUGUGGUCGCAACCGGUGAGAAUAGUAAAGGGUUUAUUCCUGAGGUGUCCGGGCUUGAUAGUUUUGGUGGAGAGUUCAUUCACUCAAGCAAGUACGAAAAUGGCCAAAAAUACAAGGGCAAAGCUGUAUUAGUUGUUGGUUGUGGGAAUUCAGGAAUGGAGAUUGCUUAUGAUUUGUCAAACUGGGGCGUCAAGACUUCGAUCGUUGUUCGCAGUCCAGUGCAUGUCCUCACCACAAAUAUUGUGUAUAUUGGUAUGCGUUUGUUGAGCUUUGGCGUCCCAUGCAACAUAGUGGACUUCAUAGUUGUCUUACUAAGCAAGCUGAAGCAUGGAGAUAUUUCAAAUUACGGCUUUCCAAGACCCACAAGAGGACCGUUUUAUAUAAAACAAAGAGUCGGUCGAACCCCUACAAUCGAUGUUGGGGCUGUGGAAAAGAUUAGAAGAAAAGAGGUUCAGGUAUUUCCAUCCAUAAGAGGCAUCCAAGGAAGCAAAAUCGAGUUUGCCAAUGGGGAAGUUAAACAAUUUGAUGCCAUUAUCUUCGCUACUGGCUACAAAAGUACUGUGAGACACUGGCUCAAGGGUGGCCAAGACCUUUUUGAUGGAAGUGGAAUGCCAAAACUUUGCUUCCCUAACAUCUGGAAAGGAAAAAAUGGCCUUUAUUGUUCUGGGUUUGCUAGAAGAGGACUGUUUGGUAUCUCAGUUGACUCACAAAAUAUCGCAAAAGACAUUGACUUGGCAUUGAGAAGUGAACGAAUAUUAAUUGGAAUUAAUUCCGGACGCUAG